CACGACUGUCCUGCAGGGGGGAGGGUCCCUGCUGGCUGCUGGUCCCUGGGGGGCUGCUUCCUGGGACCCCCGGUCUGUCUCCCUUUAAUGGGACUGUUUUUAUUAACGUGGUAUCCAAGGAAACGAGGCGUCACGACCCUCAGAGAAGGGACGCGGUCUGGUAUAAAGAGAGAGAAGAUGAGACGGAGAGAGACGGACCCUGAAGCUCCGGAGCUCCGCGCGCUGACACCACCGGACCCCCGCCAGACCCCCGCCAGACCUCCGCCAGACCUCCGCCAGACCUCCGCCAGAACUUCGCAGAACUCCGCCAGCCCUCCGCCAGAACCCGGAUGUCCCAGCUCCGAGACAUGCUGCACCGCGACCCAUGCAACAGUGAUCUGGAUCGAUGCAUCACGAUGAAACAGAAACAGAAAAGUGCUGAGAUCCUCCGUGACGGUUCUCCUCCCCGAUUGGUCCGCCGUGUCUCCACCAACAGUCGGGAGCGUUGGCGUCAGCAGAACGUUAACGGAGCGUUCACUGAGCUGCGGAGUCUCAUCCCCACGCACCCGCCUGACAGGAAGCUCAGCAAGAACGAGAUCCUGCGCCUCGCCCUCCGGUACAUCAGCUUCCUGGACCAGGUGCUGACGGACCAGGACGUCCGGGCGGCGCCCCGAUGCCGGGCGGGCAGCGUGGAGCAGGACGACGCGUCGCAGGGGGCGUUGUCGCCAAACUCUAGCUGUGAGAGUUCAGCGGACGGAGACUCGGACUGUGGAGGGCUUCUGCAGUUCCUCCACCUGCAGAACAGCUACAGCUAGUCAGGCGGAUCCAGCAGAGACCGGCAGGACGGGUUCGCCAUAUUGGCUCCAAGAGACCAACAGGGGGCGUAUCACAGAAACUUCCUCUCUUUUCCCAAUUUGGUAUUACAGAAGUCUUACUUCAUCCUGUCUCAUCGCAGGUUGGUGUAGUUGUGGCUAGAAGGGAUGCAGAACCACGAAUCUAAGCUCAUAUAAUAAUAUAAUGUUAAUACUUUCACCUAGGAAACGCAUGUUGGGUGUAUAGUCGUUUUGGUUCCUAAAUUUAGCUCUCGUCGCCACAUGACAUACAAAUUUUAUUUAAAAGACAGCAAAACUUUAUUCAUGUGACCGGCCGACAGCCACCGUAAUUUCGUAGGAUAUUCAAACCUUUACAUGAGAAUUUGUUGGAUGUUACCAUAGGAACUGUUCGUCUCUAACGGCUUCUUUCCCAGAUCGGGUCCUAACCCUUAUUACCAUGGUUACUAGGGAUGC